AGAAAGCACUACUAUAGGACGUUUUCUGUCUAUAUAAGAAGAUUUGCAAUCGUAAAAGUAGAUGAUAAAGGUUUAUAGUGAAUGAGAAAAACAAGAGAAGAGUAACCCAUUUUCCAUUUAUUCUUUUGGGUUUAAGAAAUAAUAGUCAUAUGCAAAGUGAUCAUGGGUUUAUUUCCAAUCGAUAAGAGUUUACUUCGAGCAGGAGAUCACGUUUACGGCUACAGAAACACGCACGUCUACACCCACCACGGAAUAUAUGUUGGAGAUGAUAGAGUGAUUCAUUUCACAAGCCCUGACUUCUCCAAAUCACCAAACCAUGUCACCAGCUGCGGAGACUGCAACUACGCUCCAACGAAGGACCGAGGAGUGGUCAAGUCCUGCCUUGACUGCUUCCUCAACGGCCACAGUCUCUAUCUCUUCGACUAUGGUGUCUCAUCUUCGAGGUUUUUCUUCAAUAGAUCAGGAACAUGCUCCACCUAUUGA